GUGCCGCCGUUGGAGCCGCCACAGGCGGAAGGGGCCUGCCCAGGGGAUUGAAGGCUGCAGUCAUGGAGGCUAUUUAUGCUGUUUCAGAUCACCAAACCGAUCCUAGAAUUGCUUCAAGCAGGAUGGUACCAUUCAGUUUUCCUCUAUCAAAAUGUGCACUUUGGGAUCCAACACCUGUGGGAGAUGUUAUUGGCGCACACAUCAGUUAUUACAGAAAUCCCAAACUGUUGAUGAUGGAGAAGGCUCUUCGUCUUGCCUAUCGCCAUGCUAAGCAGAGUGAAAGAAAGUUCUUUUCCUGUUUUUUGCUUGGGACUCUUGCAGUGGAUGAAGACGAUGAAGGUGUAUCACUGACAAUAGACAGAUGUGAUCCCGGUCGAGAAGUAACUGAUGGUUCAGGGAAAGUCCCCUCAGCACCUCUUCCAGGAGACUUUUUGAUUCCAUGUACAAUUAACGCUUGGGGAUCUUCCUCCGGAGAUAUUAUAGUGCACAAUUCUGAAGACUUCAACUUAGCUUUUAAGGGACUUCAACACAGUUUGUGCAGUAGAGACUCUUUGGAUCUUUCCAGACUGCUCACCAUAAGAGUUCACAUUGCUUCAACAGAGAACAUGGACAAUCUAAACUUUGAUUUUCACUGGGCAGCUGUUACUAUAACAAAUACUUUAGAAUACACUCCUGUGAAAUCUGUCCCAAUUAUUCCUACAGCCCUGGCAAGAAACUUGAGCGGUCAUAUGAAUAUUGCACAGAUUCAGGGGACUUAUAAAUGUGGAUACCUUACAAUGGACCAAACCCGAAAACUACUUCUGGUGCUGGAAUCUGAUCCCAAGGCUUAUGCUUUGCCAUUGGUUGGAAUUUGGUUGAGUGGCAUCACUCAUAUCUACAAUCCACAGGUCUGGGCCUGCUGCCUGCGUUAUUUGUUCAGUUCUUCAAUUCAAGAAAGGGUUCUUUCAGAGUCUGGAAGUUUCCUUAUUGUUCUCUAUUCGCUGACCCACAAGGAACCAGAGUUUUAUGAGUGCCUUCCUUGCAGUGGGCAAACUGAACUAGGGUUUCAGCUACUAACAAGUAAAGAAACAUUACAUCUCUUCAAAAAUGUUGAACCUUCAGACAAGCACCCUAUUCAAUUUGAGCUGAAUGCAGAAAAACAAAAUGCAGAAACUGAGUUCUUCAGCAAAGUUUCCAUGAAUCUUUCCAUUAGAAGUCCUCCUCAAGGCUCUUCCCCCAGCAAAUUGUCAGUAAGUGAUCAUGACUCGGGUGUGGAAGAUGAAGAUUUAUCUCCGAGACCAAUUCCAAGUCCUCAUCCAGUGAGUCAACAGGUUACUAAGAUCCAUCCUUCUGUUCCUGAACUCUCCCUUGUCUUUGAUGGCAGCUUCAUGGAACCAAAACUGUCUCAGCCUAUGGAGACCAUGAAUAAUAAAAAUCAACCACUGCUGGUACCUCAGCCUAAUAAAAAGACCUAUUCAACAGGACCAUUAUACCAAAAUCAAUGCUUUGAUAACAAUAAACAAAGCUUCAGCACCCAUGCUAGACAUUCUUCAUUGAGAAGGUUACCGAGCCAAUUAAACCAGAUAACUCCAACUUUAAAACCUUGCAGAGGAAAGCAACUGCCACUACAGCAACAGCCUAAUUGUAGGAGAAUUGGCCUUCAAACAAGAAAGAGUUCUGGAUCUUCUUCCUCUUCAUCAUCCCCUUCCCCUUCAACACCUCGCAGUGGGCCCUCUCCUGAUACAUCUGUGCAUCAACCCAGGAUGCCAUCUGAAAGACUUGUAUCAAAUCCUGAUAGAGCCACACAAAGAAAAGGGGAACCUCCAGCAACGAGACCCUCAACAUCUAAUUCUAAGCAGCCUCCUGGUGCCAAACAGCCUCUCCAGUACAACGUUGCUUUUUCACACCAGAACUCAAGAAGACCAACAGAACUGCAGAUGCCUGUCCCUCAAGUGCCAUCUUGCUGUCCAGCCAGUGUAUGUGGUUGUCCACUUCAUGGACAUAUCCAAUACAGUUCAACAAAUGCUUGGCAAGGACUGGUUAAAAUGGGCACCAAUCAUGCAGAAAUCCAAUCUGAUGUUCCUCAAGAGAGCGCAUAUUCAGUUUUCCAUCAAAAUGUCACUUGUCCAAAUAUUUGCUGUAGUCCAAUACAUACCCCAAGUAGUUCUGUAACUCCUGGGUACAAUGGGAAAAUGGGGAAUUGUUCUCCCCUUGGUAGCAGCUUAUCACCUGGGUCAAGACUUUCUUCACAUCCAAGCCCUUGCCAUCUCCAAUCUUGUGCAGCACAUUCAGCAUGCACACAUGCACCUGCUCCCAAAAUGGAAUCAGAUAAUGGAAUGAUGGGAUUAUCUCCAGAUGCUUACAGGAUUCUUACAGAACAAGACAGGCAGCUGAAAUUACUUCAAGCUCAGAUCCAGCGUUUGUUGGAAGCACAAACUCUUCAACCUUGUUCUACUAAAACUACUAUAGGUAACAAUGCCCUACAGUCUGAGAAGCAGUUGGAAUUUGUUGCCAUGGAAACACAAUCUUCCCAAGGUUUACACAUGAGAAAAAGUGUGAGCAUUGCUGUAAGCACAGGUGCUAGCUUAUUUUGGAAUGCACCAUGUGAAAAGCAAGAAGACUCUGUGUGUCCAGUUAAACAAGAUGACACUGAAAUAUCUAAAGAAGAUAUAAGCAUUUCUAUUAACACUGAGCAAGAUACAAGUAAUACAAGUAUUGCCUCCUCAUUAAAGGCUGUUGACAUACCCAGCUUUGUAGAAAGUUGCCAUGUUGCAGAAGAAGGAACUAACCAGGCUGGACUCGGAAAUGAGCCAGUUUCCCCAGCAUGUGCUCCAAAUUCACUGUUGGAAGAAAGUGUUAGCAUGUGUUUACAGACAGGACCCACGGAGGGAGCUAACUACCACAUGGUGGCACCAAAUGAACCAGAAGCUGAGCAUGCUGGUCCAUCACUGCCUAGACACCCAUCCGAUGAUCAAAAGUUUUACCAGGAUAUAUUGGGUCAAGUAAACCACUUCUUAAAGUCAUCCUCUGAAGAAUGUGAUCCUCCAUGUACAAAACAAACAAUGGUCGACAAUGAUGGUACCACAUGUCGGAAUAUUAAUGACCCAAAGGAAAGGAGUUCAGUAUCUGACCCAGGCCUGACAGAUAAAGAUAGUGUGAUUAGUGCAACCCUUAAGCAAUUAAGGAACCUUGGAGUGAAAAUUGAAUCACCUGACAAAAUGAAGAAAAAUGCACACAAAGUAGAGAAUGCCAGCGUAUUGGCCUGCAUAAAUCCUGAAGCAGUGGUCCCUGGACUAAACUACAUGUCAUUUGUUAAUGUCGGCAUGAGUGGGUUAACUCCCAAUGGAGUUGAUCUGAGUAUGGAGGCAAAUGCAAUAGCACUCAAGUAUCUAAGUGAAAGUCAACUGACGCAGCUUUCUCUCCGUCACACAAGUGAAAAAAAACCUGAAGAUUCAUCUUUCCAAAACCUUUUACAUGCAAAUAUGGACAAGAGCAUGAUGGGUCUUAGCUUAAUUUCACCAAACAAUAUGUCCUUUGCAACCAAGAAGUACAUGAAAAGAUACGGGCUCCUACAAAGCAGUGACCAUAGUGAAGAUGAAGAGGAGCUGCAAACUCAGAACUGCAGCAUCUCUAGUAUUAGCAAGAGUGAAGAUGUGUUAGAGACUAACUUUAAGCCCAUGUUGGAGGGCUUUAACUUCUGGAAAGAAUCUUCUGAAGGAGUUUGUGAUAGAUUAUCCAUUAACCUGAAACCUUACAAGGAAUCAACUGGAAGUUAUUCUUUGUCAGAAUCCGAUGGUCCUGUAUUGAGAAAUAUUACAAAUGAGGCCUUUCCUCCAAAAAUACUACAUCAACCACAUGAGAAUUCACAGCAGAUUCUGAAGGAUUUAAAGCCAAAAACCAAACUCGUAGCUGGGAACGUAGAGUUCACUCAGCAACCUGACAGGGAGAACCUAGGAAAUGUUCGGAUCUUCUCUGAAAAUCUACGAACUCCCACGCUUGAGACAUUAAAUCAGGCAGACAGCAUGAGUUCAGUUGGUACCUUUCUCGAUGUAAAGCACCUCAGACAGUUGCCAAAGCUCUUCUGAAACUUUUCUUGAGGGGGGGGAAAAAAAAAAAGACUGGCAACCAGCACUUCUUGGAUUUGAAGCCUUCUCAAGGUUGAACAAGAUUAGAAGAAGCCAAUGAUUACGUUGCCUUUAUAGGUUACUUAGCUUUCUUGGCAACAAAGGACUAACAAAACUGAGCAUGUGAUAGUGUUGGUCCACCAGCUGCUCAGCUGACAGGGAUUUGGCUGUCAGAUUUUAAAGAACAUACGUACUUUUGUUUACAAUUUGGAUACAUCUUUAAUAUCCAAAAGGUCAAUCAAUUCAGAAUAGUCUGGACAUAAGCUGUGCUCCAAUAUAUUUUUAAUGAUGCCUGUUUCUUAACUUUUCAAUUCUUGUAUUUUUUUUAAAGCAUCAUUGACCUUUUUAUACAUUUGUGCCAACAUUGAGCUAUAGGGUAUAAUGUAUAGGUGAGAGUUUAAACUCAAAUAGAAUGAACGCACUGACUUUAAAGUUUACCCAAGCAUAUGGCAGGGUUACUGUAUGUGGAAAAGCAUAACCUUGACUUUAAUUAGUAUAAAAUUAUUUAAAAUUCAGCCACAAUUGCACAUAUAAUAGACAUUAAAUGUAUCAUGAAAACCGAAGAAGGACGUCAGUAAAAUUAGCACUCAAUGUUUAUAUCUUUUUGUGGGUUUUUUUCUACUGAAUGAGUGUCUAUUUAUUUGAAAAGUACAUGUUAAUCAUAAAAGGCCAAGCAAAUCCGUAUGAUACAAAACUGGACUAUUGAUCUGUUGCUUAUUUAUGUUUGAUGUGGUGUUUAAUCCUUGUUAAAACACUUACAAUAUAGCAAUCACAGUUAAUUGUUAAACGAGUGACUAACCUUAAGUAAAAUUGCAAGUAUGCUGUUUCACAUGGUUUUCAAACUUUUUAACAACUCUUGAGUUCAAUAAAGACAAGCAAACUAA